ACUUCGCGUUUCUCUUAUCGGUCGGCUCAAUCGACCUCUGAUAAGACGUGCUUUGCCCUGUCGUGAAGCCUGUUAUCUCUUGCCCAUGUUCGCGCUUCUAAUCCCUCAUUUGUGGUGUCCUUAUCUAUGGCCUCUGAGGCUCUUCCAAGCAAAGUGAAGAGCCUAUUUCCCCGGAGUUGCACACCGGAAGAUUGUGGUCUCCUCUGCUGUGACGCCACAGCCCUCAUGGAUAUCUUCUGAACUUUGAGCAAGAUGACUUCUGACGAAGAACACGCUGACGAGAGGUCGCAGUUGCUGCCACGUGGCAGCGUAGACGCUGCCUCCGUGAUCUCGUCCCACGUCAGUAAAGAGGAGCAAGUUUUGGGUGAAACUGCGGUUGGCGAACGUCUACCAUACAACGACUAUACCACCAUCGACUGGUUGCACGAUCUAGUCAAAGAUUCCUUUCGCUACCGUUCGAUUCACGGCCAGAAAGGACUCCGAAAUAGCCUCUUGUCUGCGUUCGAUUCGUGCGAAGGAUGGAUUGCUGCAGCGCUCAUUGGCACCUUGACAGCAAUCGUAGCCUUCCUGGUGGACGUCUCGGUGGCCACUGUCAGCGAUUGGAAAACAGGAUACUGCAAGACCAACCCAUUCUCAAGCAAGGAAUCUUGCUGUACGGGACGAUCGCCAUUAAACUCGACUGCUGAUACCGGGGAAACAUGCUCGGAGUGGACAUAUUGGACUGAUAGCUACUGGUCUGGUUUCUGCAUAUACGUGGGAUUCGCGUUGGUGUAUGGGAUCAUCGCCGGUACUGUUACCUUGACCACAAAAAGAGCUCUACCAGCUACCGCGCCAGGAUCGGGGGACAAAGGGCCUUUGCAAAAACGCACGGGGGAGAGCAAUGACACUACUGCAAAGUCCACCCCGUCUGGCAAGUCCAUGUACAUGGCAGCUGGCAGUGGCAUUCCGGAGAUCAAAACUAUCCUGUCAGGGUUCGUGAUUCCACAUUUCCUCGACUUGAAUGUGUUGGUGGUCAAGGCUGUUGGCUCUGUGUUCGCGGUAUCUACAGGCAUGACCUUGGGUAAGGAAGGCCCCUUCGUCCACAUCUCAACAUGUGUGGCAUACCUGGUGGGUAUGCGCUUCCCCAAGUAUCGUGAGAAUGGCCGCAAACUUCGAGAAAUUCUUUCCGCCGGAUGCUCAAGUGGUUUGUCCGUUGCCUUCGGAGCACCGAUCGGGGGUGUGCUAUUCGCGUACGAAGAAAUAUCGACCUACUUUCCCCGAAAGGUUUUGUGGAGAGCGUUCAUCUGCUCUCUCUUCGCUGCGAUGACCCUCAAAGCUCUGAAUCCAACUGGUACUGGGCGACUGGUGUUGUUCGAGACUGGCUAUGGCACAAGUUACCAGCCCUACCACUAUCCGGUGUUCGUUGUUCUGGGUAUUGCGGGAGGUUUAUUCGGAGGUAUCUUUUGCAAGGCAAACUUCUUCUGGUCCCGCAACUUCCGCAAGUACAGCAUCAUCAAGAAUCAUCCCGUCUUUGAGGUCUUCUUGGUGGUCCUGGCGACCGCACUCUUACAAUACCCCAACCCACUCACAAGAGAGCCUGGCGAUGUCAUCAUCAAAAACCUUCUGGUGGAUUGCAGGGACGAGUCGAGGACGGACUACGUGUGUACACAAGAAGGACAAGCGGCACCCACCGCGAAGUACCUUGGCUGGCUUGUAUAUGGCACUCUUGUAAAACUCGUCCUGAUCAUCAUUACGUUCGGGAUCAAAGUUCCUUCCGGCGUUAUCAUCCCUGCACUUGAUGGAGGUGCUUUCUUCGGAAGGUUGGUGGGUCAACUUCCAUUUCUGGCACAAACGAUCUCGCCUGGUAUCUUCGCCAUGGUGGGCGCCGGGGCAUUCUUGGCUGGUGUCAGCCGGAUGACAAUCUCACUCGCCGUGAUCAUGUUCGAAUUGACGGGUGAACUCGAGUUUAUUGUGCCGAAUAUGAUUGGUAUCAUGGUGGCUAAGUGGGUGGCAGACGCUCUUGAGCGUGAAGGGGUUUACGACCUUGCACAGAGCGUCCUGGGGCACCCGUUCCUUGACCUUGACCACGCUAUGAAAUUGGUUCAGAAGGAGCCUCACCUCGUUGAGGAGCUAAUUCCGCCACCUCAGACGAUGCGCGAGAUCACAGUCGACAUCCCUCAGAAUGGUGUGGUUCCUCGAGCACUGUUGAACGAAAAGUUGCAGCAGCUUCGACGCCGAGGGCUCAUGGACGCCGGACUAGUUCUUGUUCAGAGAGAUAUGCUGCAGGGUUAUCUUGCUGAGGGCGAACUGGUAUUCGGCCUCGAAACCUUGGGUCAGACGUAUUCCGAAGGCUGCUUAGUCCGGUUGUUGCCCGCGUCCUCUAGCAUUGUGCUAAUUGAGCACGAGGGAGAGCUUGACAUGUCACACUUUGUGGACAAGACCCCGCUGACGAUCAACGCCAAAGCCCCCAUGGAGUAUGCGGCUGAGAUGUUUGGUAAGUUGGGUUUGAGACAUCUGUGUGUGACAGAAGAAGGUACUGGCAAACUGGUUGGGGUUAUCAUCAAAAAGAGGAUGGUGGUCUGGCUGGAAGGGUUGAAGCAUGAAUGACCUGGUAUAUGCUGUUAUGGUUGUCCGAAAUGUAGUCAUCACCUGCUUACUCUUAGUACUGUUCAUGCUUUUGUCGUCCCCAAUGCCUAAGACAUAUGCACUAUUCGCGAGCCGUGACUCUCUUCUUCGAUAAAUCGGUUAUUGGGGACCAGGCCUUGCAACUGUG